UCUCAAAUUCCAUGUCUCCCAAUUGUAAUCUUGUCUCCAAAUGCAACUCUUUCAAAAUCUGGGAUUUUUUAUCCUUCAUAUUUGUUGCGGCUCUUCCGCUUAGAGCGACUGGGUCUCCGAUUUCGGCGUAGUAAAGCUGGCAAUGACCAUCACCUUCUAUACCUUUCAAUUUGAGGUAUUGCAUUUCAGCUUCGAGAUUCUUUACCUCCCCUUGCACAUCCUGAUCCAUGUAUGGCACAGGAGAGAGAGAGUUCAGACGCAUCUAUCUCCAAACUAUAAUUUGUGCAGUCGCUCACAUGAACCGCAACCCUGUCAAUACCCGCAAGCUAUGCUGGUUGAGCCUGCACGACUUGAUAUCAAACAGUUCUCAGUUUUUAACAGCAGGUAUGUAGCUGCAGCAACAAAGAGACACGAGCAUAGAGAGGGCAACGAGAGGGCAGUUACCAGCUUCGGUGACGUGCAACUGCCGAGUGCCAAUGCUGACACAUGGCGGAAACCAAACGGUUCCUUUUCAACAUUCUGUUUUCCCUGCAGGUGGUGAGGACACAGACUCGGCUUUAGAGUGAAGGGUUGAAAUCACUUGCAGAUCCAAAGUCCGCGGAGAACAUCUUGGUCUUCGUGAGCCGCUUUUGUGUCUUGAAAAGUAGAUCAUGUACGUGGACUGGCUUGCGACUUUGAAAGUUCAGAUGCACUUGUUCCAUCUAGGAAUCCCGCAUUUUAUUUAAAUCCCAACUAUUUUUGAGCUUAUCAGUGUGGGUGCUGUCACGAAUCGAGUUCACCGGCAGGAUGUUCAUCAGGUUUUGAAUUUGGAUACUUAUUCGAGGGUUCUGAAGCUUCUUCUUUGAGACAAAUAUUACAGGAUUCAACGCCUACAAAUGCACUUCUUUCGGUAGUCAGAUGGGUUCUUGUAGCCAUUGCAGUUUGUGACAAAAUCAGCAGAAGCAAAGUGAGUCUAGGAAUCGAAUUCUUGCUUCCAUACGGCGGGAAUCCUACUUUCAGAGCAUGACAGAACACAUGGCCACGCUUAUUAGCAUUUUGUAGUGUUUAGCAUUAAUAGUUGCACAUUGAUGUAAAAAUAAACAAACCUUACAAAUUUGGAUCAUAGUUUUGUCAGAUUGCCAGGUUUGAUAGGCUGCGUGAGAUGCAGGAUAAGGUUUGGUGCUUUUGUGAAAGGUGAAGUUGUUUCCAUGUUCUUAAAGAAGAUUUAAUUGUUUUUCCUCC